UCGCGAGAGGUGGUAUAAGUGGGCUUUGGCUCUUCAGGGUUCAGCCUGCGGGUGGCAGACUGAAGCUGUGAAUAUGAGUGAUGAUAAACCGUUCCUCUGCACUUCUCCUGGCUGCGGACAGCGAUUCACAAAUGAAGACCACCUGGCAGUGCAUAAGCACAAGCAUGAGAUGACCCUGAGAUUUGGUCCAGCACGCAAUGAGAGUGUCAUCAUCGCCGACCAGACCCCGACACCGACCCGCUUCCUGAAAAACUGCGAGGAGGUCGGGUUGUUUAACGAGCUCACCAGCCCGUUUGAGCAUGACUUUAAAAAGGCCACGGAGGAUGACAUUAAAAAGUUGCCUCUGGACUUGUCUCCUCUUGCGACUCCUGUUGUUCGAAACAAAAUAGAGGAGCACACAGCCAUUGAGUCCCAGCGAGACAGCCCCCUUCCCCACCCUGAGUCGACCACCACUGACGACAAGGAGGUUUGUUUGCAGCCGACCUCUCUUCCUCCAUCCACUAUAGUCCGUCCUGCCUCCCUCCAAGUCCCCAGUGUACUACUGGCCAGCAAUGAGGCUGGUGUUGUUAUUCAGCAAGCUCUCCCAUCUCCAACAUCUAGCUCUGUUAUAACCCAGGUCCCAUCCUCUAGUAGACCGAUAGUUCCGGUGUCCGGCACGUUUCCGGUUCUGCUGCAGCUGCCUAACGGUCAGACGAUGCCAGUCGCCAUCCCAGCCACCAUCGCCAGCUCCAGCGUGCACAUACCCACUGCCAUCCCUCUGGUCAGACCAGUCGCCGUUGUGCCUAGUGUCCCUGGAAUCCCCGGCCCCUCCUCUCCACAGCCUGUCCAAUCAGAAGCCAAGAUGAAGCUGAAGGCGGCCCUCAGUCAGCAGCUCCCUCAGGUAACCAACGGUGAUGCAAGUGACAUCCAGAGCAGCUCGGCCAGUGAGACUCCGCCCCCGGCCCCGCCUCCAGCUGAGGAGCCCCGCCCACAGUCACUACAGCAGCCGGCUACAUCCACGACAGAAACGCCUGUGUCUCCUGCCCCUCCAGCCCAGCACACCUCCAGCACCGGUGGGCGGCGGCGGAGAACCACCAGCGAGGACCCAGACGAGAAGAGACGGAAGUUUCUGGAGAGAAACCGAGCCGCUGCGUCUCGCUGCAGGCAAAAGAGAAAAGUCUGGGUGCAGAAUCUGGAGAAAAAAGCAGAAGACUUGAGCAGCAUGAACGGACAGCUACAGAAUGAGGUGACUCUUCUGCGUAGCGAGGUGGCCCAGCUGAAGCAGCUCUUAGUGGCUCAUAAAGACUGUCCCGUGACACUCCUGCAGAAGAAAUCAGGAUACCCCCAGCUGGAGAAGGAGGACAGCGGUGGGGAGAUGUCUGUUCCCAGCAGCCCACAGAACGAGGCCAUCCAGCACAGCUCCAUCAGCACAUCCAACGGCGUCAGCUCCUCCACAGCAGCCCUCGGCUCCGGCCCCGCUCCAGGCCCCGCCGCAGACCCCAGCACAGAAGAGGAAGACGACUCGCACAUGGGCGGGGCUUCUUCCUCUCACACCCAGUCUUCAGGAAGCUGAUCCGGCCUCUGAUUGGUCGCAUUGAUUCCUGACAGACAUGUUGAAAUGAGAGGGAUGCGAGAUGUUCCCAGGAACACUCCGGUCUCGUCUCCCCUCUGUUUCCAUUUGAGCUGUUUUCAAUCCAGCGCGUUGAGAACAGCAGUCGGGGAAGGCACUCGGGAGGUUAUGCGGGAAAGUGUACUGAUUGUUUUAUGGUUUUUGUAUUUGUGGUGUAUUUAUUGAGUUGAGGAAGGAUCCAGACGAUGUGUCCGGAUGAGAGGAUACGGACUUAUCAGAGGCUUGAAGAUGAAGGAAUUGGCCACUUUAUAAUUUAUUUGCCUUUUAUAUUUUGCACAUUAAGGGAGUGAAAGGUUUUUGUGUGUUUGUGCGAUCAUUGUUUGACACAAGCCGCUCCAGCUGAUUUUAGGAGUAGCGUUAAAACAAAUCUGAUCUGAAAUCGUGAGGUGGUGUUGUGUGAAUGUUUCAUGUGGUUCCUGGCAUGUUUAAGGAAGGUUUCUUUUCUGACAUGAAUGAUUGUUGAUUGGGAAGUGAUUGUAUUCACCAUGCUAUUUAUUUGUUGCAGGUUAUUGAAAUCACAAUAACACAUCUCUCUUACAAGUUAUUUACAGUGAAGUUUUAGGUGAAGUAGACUUGCCCUGGACUUAUUCUGAAUGCUUAUUUUAUAAGUGUUUUUUCCCACUUACUUGCAAAGUGGCUGACUUUGUAUUUGUGCUCUUAGAAACAAUGAGAAAAGUUCCUUAGUUAAUUCGCUUCGGUUGUCUUUCUGAUUACAGUGUAAUUAAGGAAGCAUUGUAAAUGCCAUUCUGAUGAAAUCAUUGUAUGUGAUCUCUACUGGUACUAUGUUUGUCUUAGGAUCAUUACGACAAAAAAAAAAAAAAAACUUUUAAAUAAGGCUUUUUCUAGCCAACCUGUGAAACCGUCUUCAGCAAUUCUGUCUUUAGCAUAAAACUCCACAAAACUGAAAAGAAACUGGAGCUGCUCUUUCAAAGCAAACAAUAAAGCAACAAUAAACUGGAACUUUAAAAGCAAACAAUGACGGAUAUAAAACUUAAGUUCUACUAUGAAGUUACACUUAGGGAUGAUUACUGAGUAAGAAAAAUAGAUGAAGUCUUUCGUUAUCAUCCUCUUCUCUCUUUAAGAUCUAUUGGCUUACUACUGUGUAGUUCUACAAGACUUUGCUGCAUUUCGUUCUGCUCUUAAAUCGACUUGAUUUUGGUUUCAAAGGUGAAUUUGUCUGACUCUGUGCUUUACCUGCAUGACUGAAUUCUCUAAGAGAAGUGUUUCCACCAAACAUCUCAGCACUCUUAGACCUUCAGCCUGGAAAUGGCAGCUUUACAACCAGGGUUUUGUUCUUAUUUAACCUGGUCCACUUUGGACAAAGGGUGUGAUAAUUAUUGUGUUGGCGGUCAACUUGUAGCUUGUGAAAGUUAUGUAUAAAUUAAAUUAAAGUUGUAAUAAAUCUUUUAAUAGCUA